UAGCCGUCAUUCUCCCGCCGCUCUCGGUCUGUACGGAGUGUGUAGGCCCCGCCCCCUCGGUGACACGUGUAUCGGAGAAGAUGAAGGAGUGUAACGGAUCCGGUGAGCCCCCCGUCCCCCCCGGUGUGGUCCGGCCCCCUCCCCGGUCCUCCUGCUGUUCACGGACCCGCUCUGUCCUCCGGCAGAACUCUCUGGUAUUGCUGACCAUAGCAGGCGUUGUCCUAGGGGCGGCGGUGGGAAUGGGGCUCCGUCCUCUGAAUAUGUCUCCUGUACAGAUCGCUCAUUUCUCCUUCCCUGGAGAACUUCUCAUCCGUCUCCUGAAGAUGAUCAUCCUCCCCCUAGUGGUGUGUUCUCUGGUCUCCGGAGCCGCCUCUCUCCAGCCCUCCGCCCUGGGGCGCCUCGGAGGCUGGGCGCUCCUCUUCUUCCUUAUCACCACCCUACUGGCCUCCGCCCUGGGGGUCAGCCUGGCCCUCCUCAUCCGACCAGGAGAGGGCGCCGGAGAGGGACUCAGCAAGGGGGAGGAGGUGGAGGCCAAAGAGGUGGUGGACUCCUUCCUGGACCUCGUCAGGAACAUCUUCCCCUCCAAUCUGGUGUCGGCGUGUUUCCAGUCGUACGCCACGUUCUACAGAUUGGAGCCAGUGAAUAAUAACGCUACAAAUGUCUCGGAUGUCACCAAUGUUUCCACUCUGACCGACCUGAGAGCCAUCAAGGUUCCUUAUGGGAAGGAGGUGGAAGGGAUGAACAUUUUGGGUCUGGUGGUCUUCGCCAUCGUCUUCGGAGUGGCUCUCCGAAAGUUGGGAGCGGAGGGAGAAAUCCUCAUCAAGUUCUUCAACUCCUUCAAUGAGGCCACCAUGGUGCUGGUGGCGUGGAUCAUGUGGUACGCCCCGGUGGGUAUCAUGUUCCUGGUGGCCGGGAAGAUCGUGGAGAUGGAAAACGUUGUGUUACUUUUCACCAGCCUGGGGAAGUACAUCUGCUGCUGCAUUGUGGGCCACGCCAUCCACGGGCUCAUCGUCCUGCCACUCAUCUACUUCGCCGUCACCAGGAAGAACCCGUACAGCUUCCUGUGGGGCAUCGUGAGCGCUCUGGCCACGGCGUUCGGCACUUCCUCCAGCUCUGCCACACUUCCCCUGAUGAUGAAAUGCGUCGAGGAGAAGAACGGAGUGUCCAAGCAGAUCAGCAGGUUCAUCCUCCCCAUUGGCGCCACGGUGAACAUGGACGGUGCCGCCUUAUUCCAGUGUGUGGCGGCCGUGUUCAUCGCUCAGCUCAAUAACCGUCCGCUGGACUUCAUCUCCAUCAUCACCAUCUUAGUUACAGCCACGGCAUCCAGUGUGGGGGCUGCUGGGAUCCCGGCCGGAGGGGUGCUGACCCUGGCCAUCAUCCUGGAGGCGGUGGGACUUCCGACCAAUGACAUUUCCCUCAUCCUGGCUGUGGAUUGGUUGGUGGACCGCACAUGCACAAUUCUGAACGUAGAAGGUGAUGCCUUUGGCGCCGGGAUCCUCCAGGUGUACAGCGACCGGAUGGCGGAGAAAAAUGGAGACGCGGUGGACUUGACGGCGGUCAAAGUGCUGGACCCAGAAGAUCAGCCGGAAGGGGACCCGUUAUUAAAAACCCCUCAAGUGAUAGUGGACGGGGCCGCCCCCAUGGAGAAGGAAUCCACCAUGUAGACUGUCGUUGUGCGCUGACGUUUUGCUCUCGUUCUGACGCGACCCGCAGGACAUUGUGCAGACUGGGGGGGUGAUUUUAAUUAUUUUUUUUAUAUUAAUAUUAUUAUUUUUUACGUGAACUGUAACUUAUGCUGUAUGUUCGGGGCAAUAAGGUACCUUCUCCAAUCAGGGCACUCGGAUUACCUCCUACUCUCUGAUUCCAGAACCUUCUCUGUCUUACAGCGGGAUCUGAUCCCGCCUCCUCAAUGCUGCAAGGAGUGGGCGUCCUGCUUACAGCCCGCCUCCUGUGUGAGUGUGCCCAGUGGGUGUGGGUGCCGGGUGUGCCCGGUGGGUGUGAGUGCCCCGUGUGUGUCUGUAAUUUUAUUGUGGAUGGACGGUGAUGUGUUAUUACAUGCUGCAUCAGCAGAGGACCAAAUUCUGAGACGGGGCGUUCCACAGAUCCACCAGCGGUGUGUGCGUCUGUCUCUGGGCCGGAGUGUAACUGAAGGCUGCGUGUGAGCGCCUGUGCCCAACUCAAAUGUAACUGAAGGCUACGUAUGAGUGUCUGUGCCCAGCCCUAGUGUAACUAAAGGCUGUGUGUGAAUGUCUGUCUCCAGUGUAACUGAGGGCUGAGUCUGUGGCCAGGGCCUAGUGUAACUGAAGGGUGUGUCUGUGCCCAGCUGAAGUGUAACUGAAGGGUGUGUCUGUGCCCAGGGCCUAGUGUAACUGAAGGGUGUGUCUGUGCCCAGGGCCUAGUGUAACUGAAGGGUGUGUCUGUGCCCAGCUGAAGUGUAACUGAGGGGUGUGUCUGUGCCCAGGGCCUAGUGUAACUGAAGGGUGUGUCUGUGCCCAGCUCAAGUGUAACUGAAGGGUGUGUCUGCCCAGCUGAAGUGUAACUGAAGGGUGUGUCUGUGCCCAGGCCUAGUGUAACUGAAGGGUGUGUCUGUGCCCAGCUGAAGUGUAACUGAAGGCUGUGUGUGAGCGUCUGUACCCAGGCCAAGUAACUGAAUGCUGCAUCUGUGCCCAGCCCUAGUGUAAGUGAAGGCUGCGUAUGAUCAUCUGUCUCUGGGCCGGAGUGUAAGUGAAGGCUGCAUGUGCAUGUCCAUCUUCAGAUUGGAGUGUGUCUGUUUCCAGGCUGUGGGCGAAGCGCAUGCUGUGUAGGUGGCUGCGUGUGUCUCCGAGUCAGUCUGUCUGAGGGCUGCGUGUGUCUCCGAGUCAGU